CAUGCCAAGUUUGUUAUGACUCUGGGAAGAUGCUGUUUGUUGUCAAUAAUUCGGUACACGUGUGAAUUAUCUAAACAGCGUUGCAAUCAUAAUCGUGGCGCAGUAUCACACUUAUACCAAGGUGCUUUUUUAUCAGUCGGUACGCAACGAUCACUCAGGGUAAGUGAGAAAUCAUUGACUGGUCUGUCAUUUUCCACAAAUAUGGCUUCAACGAGUAACUCUAAAAACAAGCAAGAGGGCAAGAAGAAUCGUCUUGCUUUAGAAAAGUCUCCUUAUUUGCUACAACAUGCUACCAAUCCAGUUGAUUGGUAUCCAUGGGGCAAUGAAGCCUUGAACAAAGCAAAAGAGGAGGAUAAAAUAAUCUUUCUAUCUGUUGGAUAUUCUACCUGUCAUUGGUGUCAUGUCAUGGAGAAAGAAUCCUUUAAAAACAAGGAAAUUGCUGAGAUUAUGAAUAAGAAUUUUAUUAAUGUAAAAGUUGACAGAGAAGAACGGCCAGAUAUUGAUAGGAUAUAUAUGACUUUCAUACAGGCCAUGACUGGUCAUGGUGGGUGGCCAAUGAGUGUAUUCCUUACUCCCGAUUUAAAGCCCAUAAUCGGAGGGACAUACUUUCCUCCAGAGAACAAAUAUGGGCAAACUGGAUUUAAGACUGUUUUACUAAAUAUUGCUGAGAAGUGGAAACAGUUAAAAACCAAAAUGUUAGAAUCGGGUUCUCUUAAUCUUAAAACAUUAGAAAGUAUAUCUAAAGUGCUCCCAUCAUCAAAGAGAAUAGAUCCGCCAUUAUUGGAGUGUAGCCAGAUUUGUAUUCAUCAAUUCACGAGCGAAUUUGAACCAGAAUUUGGUGGAUUUGGCUCGUUUAGUAUGCAAUCGCCUAAAUUUCCGCAACCGGUGAAUUUUAAUUAUUUAUUUCACAUGUACAUGCGUCAACCUACUGACGAGGUUGCUCAACAUUGUCUGCAUAUGUGUAUAUACAGUUUAAAGAAAAUAUCUUAUGGAGGUAUACACGAUCAUGUAGGUCAGGGUUUUUCAAGGUAUGCAACUGAUGGACAAUGGCAUGUUCCCCAUUUUGAAAAGAUGUUGUAUGAUCAGGGUCAAUUAAUGCAGUCCUAUGCAGAUGCGUAUCUUGCAACGAAAGAUGUUCUUUUUGCUGAAAUUAUUGAUGAUAUUGCCACUUAUGUACUGAGAGAUCUCCGUCAUAAGGAAGGAGGCUUUUACAGUGCUGAAGAUGCAGAUUCAUAUCCUACGCACGAUGCAACAGCCAAAAAGGAGGGUGCAUUUUAUGUUUGGACUGCCGAAGAAGUUAGGACACUCUUAAAUAAAACAGUUUCUGAUAGAAAAAAUAUUAAACUGUGCGAUAUCUUCUGCCAUCAUUUCAACGUAAAGGAAUUAGGGAAUGUAAACAAGUAUCAAGAUCCCCAUGGAGAGUUGACGGGAACGAACGUGCUGAUGGUGCACAAUGGAAUUGACAAAACUGCUGAAGAAUUUGACCUCACUGUCGAAGAAACAAAGACAUACUUAAAAGAAGCAUGUUCCAUUUUGUACGAAGCUAGAUCGGCAAGACCACGGCCUCAUUUAGAUGACAAAAUUAUUACAGCAUGGAACGGUCUUAUGAUAAGUGGCUUAGCCCGUGGAGGAGCUGCACUGGGCAAUAAACAGUACAUUAAAUACGCGGAAGAUGCGGCGAAAUUUAUCGAACGUUAUCUUUUCGACGAGUCUAAAGGUGUGCUGUACCGUAGUUGUUACCGUGACGAUACAGACAAAAUUGUACAAACGAGCGUGCCCAUAGCUGGUUUCCUGGACGAUUACGCGUUCGUUGUGAAAGGAUUGUUAGAUCUGUACGAAGCCAGUUCGGACGAGAAAUGGCUGGAAUUCGCCGAGAAAUUGCACGACAUACAAGACAGCCUGUUCUGGGACGAAACGAACGGCGGUUAUUUUUCAACAACCUCGAGGGAUCCUGCAGUAAUUCUGCGGCUGAAGGAGGUCCACGACGGAGCGGAACCAUCCGGUAACUCGAUUGCCGCCGAAAAUCUAUUGAGACUGGCGGACUACUUGGACCGUGGGGAGCUCAAGGACAAAGCGGCACAUCUUUUCGGGUCGUUUAGACGCUUGCUGAUGCAGAGACCCAUUUCGCUUCCACAGUUAGUAUCGGCGCUUGUCCGGUAUCACGAUGAUUCAACGCAGAUUUAUAUAGUUGGAAAACGGGGGGCAAAGGACACGGAAGACUUGCUGAGAGUAGUACAUGAUCGUUUGAUACCUGGAAGAAUUCUUAUUGUGGUCGAUCACGAUGAAACUCCAAGUUUAGUUGCUCGUAAAAAUGAUCAUAUCGACAAAAUGAAAAGCUUGAACGGUCAGGCUACAGCUUACGUUUGUCGACAUCGCACAUGUUCUUUACCUGUUGCGAAUCCCGAACGACUAGUCACAUUGCUGGACGAACAAUCAAUGGGAAAUUGUUAACAAACAGUAAUUUAUAUUUGUAGACGUUUAAGGUGUUCUCUAGUUUUUGGUUCGACUACUGUGAUGAUCGCAGGUCUGUAAACCAAACGCUUACAUAUAAAAGUAAGUUUAUAAAUUGGAGUGCUGUCUACUAUACAGUGUUAUGUUCUUGAAACCAUGAGUUACCGCAACAUAAUAAGUUACCAACUGUAUUGUA